AUGACUUCCACAGACGAUUCAUUACGAGCAUGCUACCUCAAUGAAAUGAUUUUUAGUACCCUUUUACUAUUAUUUACUGUGUGGAGAUAUAAUAAGACUUCUUCUACUAAAAUAAGUUCAUAUAAAUCAAGAUUAAGAAGUGUUGGAUCAUUCUUUAUUACUUCUUCUAUUUUUUCGACAUGUAUGUGUAACAUUAUUAUAUGGUAUUUAAGUGGAUAUAUUAAAUUAGAUAAAUAUAAGUUUGAAAGAGAUGGAUUUAUUAAUCAGACAUUUAAUAUAACUUAUAAAGAUGUACAAAUAAAUUUAUGUACCUUACUAUACGUGGUAUACAUGAUAUCAAAGAUUUUAAGAAUGUCUGCAGUUUUUAUGUUGAUUGGAUUAUGGGGACCUUGUCUACAUUCAUACAUUAAUACAGAGCGAUAUGAUUCUACAUAUAUUAGAUAUAGUAUAUUUGAUAGUAAGAAUCUAUUUAAAACAUCCAUUGUUACUUUUUCUAAACUGUAUUCUGUAUUUAGAAUCCCUGUCUUGAUAUUUUUAUACUUUAAUUUGAAAGAGUUAAAUCCUUCUACAACGGUAUUUUUUGAAUCUUUAUUUCUGAGUGCUGAAAUAUAUUUCUGUCUUGGAUUAUUUUUAGUACUUCAAACUAAACAUAACUUUCUAAUAGGGUACAAAGGAGUAGAUACUAUUAGUCUAUUAAGUAUGUGUUUAGGAAUAUACGGAUUUUUAAAUUACACUAUCAAUAGCCUAACAUUUCCAUUUGUGGUAUCACCGACAAGUCGUCAGGUAGUACAAAGCCUGGUAUUUGGUUUAAGACUUAUUAUUGAUAUUUUAAUAGUAAAUAUGUUCUGUCCGCUCAACGGCCAAGUGUUUGAUGAGGUAGAAAAUAGAAAAGAAAAGGGAAUAGAGUUUACUAGUGAAAGCCGAGAUAUAAUACUUUAUCAAUAA